ACGAGGAGGGCGGGGGUAGGAGCCCGGAUUGGGCCAGAAGGUGGCGGGAGCGACGCUGGCGGCCCAAAUACCGCUGAGGGAUUUGGUGGCGGGAAUUGCUGUCAUGGACCACAUCACGGUGCCCAAGGUGGAAAAUGUGAAAUUACUGGAUCGUUAUGUGGAAAAGAAACCAGCUAAUGGGAUUCUGUAUCUCACUGCAACUCACCUGAUCUAUGUGGAAACUUCUGGUGAAACCCGGAAAGAAACAUGGAUUGCGGUCCAUCACAUUGCCACUGUGGAGAAAUUGCCCAUCACUAACCUGGGCUGUCCCCUGGUCCUCCGCUGUAAGAACUUCCGGGUGGCCCACUUUGUUUUAGACUCUGAUCUUGUGUGCAAUGAAGUUUAUAUUUCACUGCUCAAGCUUUCUCAGCCAGUAUUACCUGAAGAUCUUUAUGCUUUUGCUUAUAAUCCCAAAUCCUCAAAAGAGAUGAGGGAAAAUGGAUGGAAACUGAUUAACCCAACAUCAGACUUUGAACGUAUGGGAAUACCCAACAGGUACUGGACCAUAACAGAUGCUAACAGAAGCUAUGAGAUAUGCGGUACCUACCCUCCUGAAAUAGUGAUUCCCAAAUCUGUUACCUUGGGAACAGUGGUUGGAAGUUCAAAAUUCAGAAGUAGAGAACGUGUGCCUGUGCUUUCCUACCUCUACAAAGAGAACAAUGCUGUCAUUUGCCGCUGUAGCCAGCCCCUGUCGGGAUUUUACACUCGCUCUGUGGAUGAUGAGCUCUUGCUGGAAGCCAUUGGCCAGACGAACCCAGGGAACCAGUUUAUGUAUGUCGUAGACACAAGACCAAAGUUGAAUGCCAUGGCCAACCGAGCAGCUGGGAAGGGGUAUGAGAGUGAAGACUACUAUGCCAACAUUCGCUUCAGGUUCAUGGGUAUUGAGAACAUUCAUGUGAUGCGGAGCAGCCUGCAGAAACUCUUGGAAGUUUGUGAAUUGAAAACUCCAACAAUGAGUGAAUUUCUUAGCGGCCUGGAGAGCUCAGGGUGGUUGAGACACAUUAAAGCUAUUAUGGAUGCUGGAAUUUUCAUUACAAAGGCAGUGAAGGUAGAAAAGGCCAGUGUCUUAGUCCAUUGUUCUGAUGGGUGGGACCGCACAGCACAAGUCUGCUCAGUGGCCAGCAUCCUCUUAGAUCCCUUUUAUAGGACAUUCAAAGGACUCAUGAUCCUAAUAGAGAAGGAAUGGAUAUCCAUGGGUCACAAGUUUUCUGAAAGGUGUGGCCAUCUGGAUGGGGACCCCAAAGAAGUGUCCCCUGUCUUCACCCAGUUCCUAGACUGCAUUUGGCAAUUAAUGGAACAGUUUCCCUGUGCCUUUGAAUUUAAUGAAAACUUUCUGCUGGAGAUCCAUGACCAUAUUUUCUCUUGCCAGUUUGGAAACUUCCUUGGAAACUGCCAGAAGGAUCGGGAAGAUCUAAGAGUCCAUGAGAAAACACAUUCUGUGUGGCCUUUCUUGGUUCAGAGGAAACCAGACUUCAAGAACCCUCUAUAUAAAGGCUUCACUAUGUAUGGGGUACUCAAUCCCAGUACUGUACCCUACAACAUUCAGCAGAAUUACAGAGAGACAGAGGCAGAAAGAGAAGUCUUCCAUCCAGUGGUUAACUCCCCAAGUGCCUGCCAACGGCCAGAAGUAGGCCAAUCUGAAGACAAGAGCCAGGAUCCAGGAGCUUCUUCCAGUUUUCCCACAUGGGUGCAGGGACCCAAGGACUUGGGCCAUCUUCUGCUUUCCCAGGCCAUAGCAGAGAGCUGGAUCAGAAGUGGAGCAGCCGGGACUCAAACCGGCACCCAUAUGGGAUGCUGGCAGUGUAGGCAGUGGCUUUUACUCACUGCGCUGCAGUGCUAGCCCCGGGAUUUUGAAUGUUAUCAAAUGCCUUUUCUGCUUCUACUAAUAUAAUCCUAGGCUUUUUCUUCAUUGUGUUGAUUGUGGUGUAUCACGUUUGUUGAUUUGCAUAUAUUGAACCAUCUCUGGGAUGAAUUCCACUUGAUCAUGUUAAUGAUGCUUUUAAUGUGCUAUUAGACUUGAUUUCCUAGUAUUUUGCUGAGGAUUUUCAUUUUUGUAUUCCUCAAGGACAUUUUUUUUUUUCAUUUAUUUGAAAGAUAGAGCUACAGAGAGAAGGAGAAAAAUAUCUGCCAUCUACUGGUUCCCUCCCCCAAAUGGCCGCAGGGCCUGGGGCUAGGCCAAGCAGAAACCAGGAGCCAGGAGCUCCUUCUGGGUCUCCCAUGUGGGUCCAGGGGCCCAAGGUCCUGAACCAUCCUCAGCUGCUUUCCCAGGUGCAUUAGCAAGGAGCUGGAUUGGAAGUGGAGCAGCCGGGACUCAAACUGCACCCAUAUGGGAUGCAAGCGCUGCAGAUAGAGACUUAACCUGCUUCUCCACAGCACCUACCUCCUCAGGGAUAUUGACCCGUAGCUGUUGUUGUAUACCUUGACUGGUUUUGGUAUGAAGGUAAUGCUGGCCUCAUAGAAUGAAUUUAGAGAAGUUCCCUCUUCUUCUACUUUAUUGAAGUAAUUUAAGAAGGACUGAUGUUAAUUCUUUUUAAAAAAAAAAGAUUUAUUUAUUUGAGUUACAGAGAGAGAGGUCUUCCAUCCACGGGUUCUUUCCUCAAAAGGCUGCAAUAGCCAGAGGAGCUAAGCCGAUCCGAAGCCAGGAGCUUUUUCCUGAUCUCCCACGUGGGUGCAGGGGCCCCAGGACUUGGGCCAUCCUCUGGUGCUUUCCCAGGCACAUUAGCAGGGAGUUGGAUUGAAAGUGGAGCCCUGGCCCACUGUACCACAGCACUGGCCCCCAGACUAGUGUUAAUUCUUUAAAUAUUUGGUAGAAUUCAGCAGUACAGCCAAUUCAUCCUGAGCUUUUCUUUGAUGGGAGACUUUUUAUUACUGAUUCAAUUUUUCAACUCAUUAUUGGUCUGUUUAAGUAUUCUAUUUCUGGACAAGAUACAUGUGUCCAGGAAUUUGUCCAUGUCCUCUAGGUUAUCAAAUAUGUUGCCAUAGUAAUCUCCAACAUUACUUUGUAUUUCUGUGGUAACAGUGGUAAUGUCCCCAUUUUUAUAUCUACUGCUUUGUAUUUCAAAACUUCUCUUUUUUCUUGGCUAAGGGUUUAUCAAUUUUGUUUAUAUUUUCAAAGAACUGGCUCUUCGUUUCAUCAAGUUUUUUAAAAAAUUAGUCUCUGUUAUUUAUUUGUAUUCUGAGUUACAGUGUUUCUUUCCUUCUGCCAACUUUGGAUUUGAUUUAUUGUUUUUCAGAUUCCUUGGGGUAUGGUAAGCAGUUAUUUUCUUGAGGUCUUCUCUGGGUUUUUUUGGUUUGUUUUGUUUGUUUAAUGCAGGCAUUGAUUGCUGUAAACUUAACUGUUGAUAUUGCUUUUGUUGUAUCCCAUGAACUAUUGGUAUGGAGUAUUCCCAUUUUCAAUAAUUUCAAGAAAUUUUUUGGUUUCCUCCUUGAUUUCUUCCUUGAUCAUCAGUUGUUCAGGAGUAAGUUUAAUUUCCAUGUGUUUGUAUAGUUUAUAACAUUUUUCUUAUUAUUGAUUUCUAGUUUUCUUGAAUUGUUGCCAAAAAGAUACUUGAUAUGAUUUCUGGUUUUUUUUUUUUAAUUUGUUGAGACCUGUUUUGUAUGUUUAGUAUGUGAUGUAUCCUGGAAAAUGUUCCUAUGUGCUUUUGAGGUGAAUAUGUAUUCUGCAGGUGUUGGAUGGAAAGUUCUGUAGAUGUCUGUUAGGUGCAUUUGCUCUAGGAUGAAAUUGAGCUCUGCGAGAUGAUCUGUUCAUUUCUGAAAGUGGGGUGUUAAUGUCCCCCUACUGAUUUUUAUUAGAGUCUGUCUCUCCCUUUAGGUCUAUUGAUAUCUGCUUUAUGUGCUUGGCUACUCCAAUAUUGGGUGCAUAUGAUUUUUUUAAAGAUUUAUUUAUUUAUUUGAAAGGCAGUGUUACUGAGAGGCAGAGACAGAGAGAGAGUUGGGGGGAGGGAGGUCUUCCAUCCGCUGGUUCACUCCACAGAUGGCCACAACAGCCAGAGCUGUGCCAAUCCGAAGCCAAGAGCUUCUUCCCGGUCUCCAAAGCAGGGCCAUCUUCAAAGGACUUGGGCCAUCUUCUACUGCUUUCCCAGGCCAUAGCAGAGAGCUGGAUGGGAAGUGGAGCAGCCUGGACUUAAACUGGUACUCAUAUGAGAUGCCAGUACUGCAGCUGGCAGCUUUACCUGCUAUGCCCCAGAUACAUAUGAUUUUGCAAGUGUUAUUUCCUCUUGCUGAAAUAAACCAUUUGUCAUUACAUAAUGGCCUUCCUGGUCUCUUUUUACUACAUAUUAUUUAAAAUUAUUUUAUCUGAUAUAAAUCCAGCUUUUCCUGCUUUCUUUUUUUCUUUCUUAUCAUGGCUUAUCUUGUUCUAUCCUUUCAUUUUCAGUCUAUGUGUGUCCUUAGAGUUGAAGUGAAUUUCUUAUAUCCUUGGGUCCUAUUUUUUAAUUCAUUCAGUCACUGUUUUAAUUGGAGAAUUUAGUCCAUUGACAUUUGAAGUAAUUAUUGAUAGAAAAGGUCUUAUUUCUGCCAUUUUUGUACUUUUAAAAACUAUUUUAAUUGUUUCUUUUUGUCACUAAAUUAGAAACUUCAUUUGUGGUUAAGUGAUUUUCUCUAAUGAUAUACUUUAAGUCUUUGCUUAUUAGUUUUGAUAAAGCUAUGUAUAUAUGUUUUUGCUUUGUUGUUACCUUAAGACUUACAAAAAAAAAACUUCUUUGGCUAUAACAAGUUAUGUUGAAAUUAUAAUGUUGAUUAUAAAAAUAGGAAAAGAGAUAAGAAAGCCUAAUAAAGCACUCCACAUUUGUGCUCCAUUCUACACAUUUUGCCUCUUUCCAUAUUGCUUGUCUCUUAACAUUUUAUUAUAGUAUUUUUAAUUUUUAUUACUCCAAGUAAUGCUAUAACUUACUUACACACCAUGUUAUAAUAUCAGAGCAUUCCUAAUUUGUUGCUAUAGUUACUCUUACCAACAAGUUUUCUACCUUCUGAUAUUUUCUUAUUACAUGUUUCUGUCUCUUUCUUUGAAUUUAAAGAACCCCCUUUAACCUUUCAUGUAACACAAAUCUGGUUAUGAUAAAUUCUCUUGGAUUUUAUUUGUCUUGAAAUAUCUUUAUCUCUCCAUCAUAUCCAAAAGAUAGCUUUGCUGGGUAGAGUAGUCUUAUGGGGGCAUUUUUUUUCCCUUCAGUUCUGUAAAAGUCUCAUCGCUUUAAAGUUUCUAUUAAGAAGUCUGCAUUCCAGCUACUUAGGACCUCAUUGUAUGUUACUUGCUUAUUUUCUCUUGUAGCUUUGAAAAUUCUCUUUAUUUUUAAAUUUUGAGAGCUUGAUUAUAAUAUAUCUUGAGGUAGACUUGGUUGGGUUAAAUUGAUUGGUAACCUUUGUCUUCCCUGUACCUGAAAAGUUAUAUCUUUCUCUAGGUUUGCAAAGUUAUCUGUCAUUAUCUCUUUGAUAAUGCUCUCUACCCCUUUGGCAUUCUUAAGUCCUAGGUAGUUAGAUUCUGGUGCCUUAUUUUGCUCUUUAGGUGAGGUUGUGGUUCCCUGGAACUUCUUGAUGUUUGUUGGAGUAUGGUGUGAUCUGCUCAUUGAAUGAUUAGUUUUAGUAUCUGACUUUGUAUAUUGCUCUCCUUCUAGAAGUUCUAAGAACUCUUUUCUGUUGCUGAGAUGGGUUCACUGCCUGAUGCUGCAACUAUCAGCUACUGGUGAUGCUGGUUUGGGUGUAGGAUUGCUCAACCAAGACCGCAGAACUCCACUGGGCACUGAAACAGAUCCAGAGGCUCAGUCUGCAGGCAUGACUUAUGGACAGGGACUGUUGGAUUCUUUUCAAUGUUAGCUUUUAUCAUCCUUGCACUGAGUUCCAAAACAGUCCUGUGAUUCCUUGGUAUCUGCCAAGGUUUUUGUAGAGGUGAUAGAGGUGUUCCUCAGCUACUCAGACUGGUUCACAUCUGGGUCUCACAGUUACCAAGCCCUUUGUAAUCUUGGGAGUAUACCCAAGGCCCACAAGAGACUGCUGGUGCUACAUGCCAAACUAAAUCUCUCACCAGGUACAAGUCUCCACCUGAUAUGAGAGUAAGUCCACUGACACUAUCCACAGUCACUGGCCUAGAGAUGGAAACCAUUAGUAUCUACCCAGCAUUGGUUUUUACCAGCCCAGCACUGAUUUCCAAGACACAGUCCCUUAGCCUCUUCUAUCUGCUCAAGGUUGGUGGAAAAUGAUAAAGGCAGCCCUUUGGGGCCCACAGAGUAUGAAAAUAAUCUUGUGACAGGUACCAAAAUAAUCUUACCCAUUGGAGUGCAGGUAUCUGCCUAAUACCCUACAAAUUUAAAAGCUUAGUGCAAGCAUUGGCUGGUUGAGUAGUAGAGUCCUUUGUACUUUUACCAGGUGCUAGAUCUUGGCACAGUAAGACUGGCUCUGAGAUCCAAGGCAUGGUCCUAAAUUCCCUUUCCUGGCCUCUCUAUGUGGUUAGAGCUUGAUUUCCACAGGUAAUUGGAGGAGGGAUGGCAGGAAGGUUAUUUUUAUAAGAUUUAUUUAUUUAUUUGCAAGUCAGAGUUACACAGAGAGGGGGAGGGGUAGAGGGAGAGGGAGGGAGGUCUUCCAUCCGAUGGUUCACUCCCCAAUUGGCCACAACAGCUGGAUGGAAGCUCCAUUUUUUUGGGUAGUAGGGUUCAAUAGUGGGAUGAACUGGGAUUCAAUUCAUCCUCCCUCUCCAUCUGUCAUCUCUCCAUUCUGUAUUCGUUGAACUGAGAAAGGUAUAUGACUUGGGCAACUCUUUACUUCCUGCUUUCUUCAGUAUGACUUUUCUUAUAACAAGAAAAUCUGGCUUAUAAUCUGGUUUUUGUACCUCUCAUGAUGGUGACUUGUGUGUAUAGGUGUUCACCUUGCUGUAUUUGCAGAGGAGUGGUUGUCAGAACUUCUUACAUAGCAACCAUCUUGGCUCUUCCCCUAUUAUUUCUUUGAGUACAUUUUCUGGACUUUAUUCUCUGAUCUUCUGAGAUUUCCAUCCUUAUAUUUCUCUGCUGGCUGAUUACCCAUCAGUCCCUGACCGGAUUUCAUUGAUUUUUACUGCUGUGUAGUAUUCUAUAGAGUACAUAUCCCAUAAUUUCUUUUUCCAGUCUACUGUUGAUGGGCAUUUAGGUUGAUUCCAGGUCUUAGCUAUUGUGAAUUGAGCUGCAAUAAACAUUAAGGUGCAGACAGCUUUUUUACUUGCCCUUUUAAGUUCCUUUGGGUAAAUUCCAAGGAGUGGGAUGGUUGGGUUGUAUGGUAGGGUUAUAUUCAGGUUUCUGAGGAAUCUCCACACUGACUUCCAUAGUGGCUUUACCAGUUUGCAUUCCCAGCAACAGUGGGUUAGUGUCCCUUUUUCCCCACAUCCUCGCCAGCAUCUGUUGUUAGUAGAUUUCUGUAUGUGAGCCAUUCUAACCGGGGUGAGGUGAAACCUCAUUGUGGUUUUGAUUUGCAUUUCCCUGAUGGCUAGUGAUGCUGAACAUUUUUUCAUGUGUCUGUUGGCCAUUUGGAUUUCCUCUUUUGUAAAAUUGUCUAUUGAGGUCCUUGGCCCAUCUGUUAAGUGGAUUGUUUGUUUUGUUGUUGUGGAGUUUCUUGAUCUCUUUGUAGAUUCUGGUUAUCAACCCUUUAUCUGUUGCAUAGUUUGCAAAUCUUUUUUUUCCUAUUCUGUCGGUUGCCUCUUCACUUUCCUGACUGUUUCUUUUGCUGUGCAGAAACUUGUCAAUUGGAUGUAAUCCCAAUUGUUAAUUUUUGGCUUUGACCGCCUGUACCUCUGGGGUCCUUUCCAAGAAGUCUUUGCCUGUGCCUGUAUCUUGCAGGGUUUCUCCAAUGUUCUCUAAUAAUUUGAUGGUGUCAGUCGUAAAUUUAGGUCUUUAAUCCAUGUUGAGUGGAUUUUUGUGUAAGGUGUAAGGUAGGGGUCUUGCUUCAUGCUUCUGCACGUGGAAAUCCAGUUUGCCCAGCACUAUUUAUUGAAUAGACUGUCCUUGCUCCAGGAGUUGGUUUUAGAUCCUUGAUCAAAUAUAAGUUGGCUGUAGAUGUUUGGAUUGAUUUCUGGUGUUUCUAUUCUGUUCCAUUAGUCUAUCCAUCUGUUUCUGAACCAGUACCAUGCUGUUUUGAUUACAACUGCCCUGUAGUAUGUCCUGAAAUCUGGUAUUGUGAUGCCUCUGGCUUUGUUUUUGUUGUAUAAGAUUGCUUUAGCUAUUCGUGGUCUCCUGUGCCUCUGUAUGAAUUUCAGCAUCAUUUUUUCCAGAUCUGAGAAGAAUUUCUUUGUUAUUUUGAUUGGUAUCACAUUGAAUCUAUAAACUGCUUUUGGGAGAAUGGACAUUUUGAUGAUAUUGAUUCUUCCAAUCCAUGAGCAUGGAAGAUUUUUCCAUUUUUUGGUGUCGUCUUCUAUUUCUUUCUUUAAAAUUUUGUAAUUCUCAUCGUAGAGAUCUUUGACGUCAUUGGUUAAGUUUAUUCCAAGGUAUUUGCUUGUUUUGUAGCUAUUGUGAAUGGGACUGAUCUUAGCAGUUCUUUCUCAGCCGUGGCAUUGCCUGUGUAUACAAAGACUGUUGAUUUUUGUGCAUUGAUUUUACAUCCUGCUACUUUGCCAAACUCUUUUAUUUUUUUUUAAUUUAAUAAAUUGGAAUUUACAAAGUGCAUCUUUUGUAUUGUUGUGGCUCCCUCCCCCCAAACUCCCUCCCUCCCGCAGCCUUCCCCUCUCCCACUCCCUCUCCCAUCCUGCCCUUCAUUGAGUUUCAUUUUUAAUCACCUUCAUAUACAGAAGAUCAACUUAGUAUACACUAAGCAAGGAUUUCAACAGGCUGCACUCACACAACCGCACAAGGUAUACGGCAUUGUUCGACUAGUAGUGUUGUUUUUAAGUUUCAUAGUAAAACACAUAAAGGACAGAGAUCCUACGUGGGGAGCCUGUACUCAGUGACUCCCGUUGUUGAUUUAACAGUUGGCAAUCUUAUUUAUGACAUCAGCAAUCACCCGAGACUCUUGCUAUGUGCUGUCUAGGCUAUGGAAGCCCCUUGAGUUCACCAACUCUGAACUUGUUUAGUCAAGGCCAUAUCACAGUGAAGGUUCCUUCCUCCCUUCAGAGAAAGGCGCCUCCCUCUUUGAUGGCCUGUUCCUUCUGCUGGAGUCUUGUUCACCAGGAUCUUUCAUUUAGAUUGUUUUUUUGCCACUGUGUCAUGGCUUCCCAUGCCUGUGAGAUUCUCAUGAACCUUUUAGCCAGAUCUGAAUGUCCCAAGGGUUGAUUCUGAGGCAGGAGUGCUGCCAAACUCUUCUAUGACAUCAAAUAGUUUCUUAGUAGAGUUCUUUGGAUACGCUAAAUAAAGAAUCAUAUCAUCUGCAAAGAGGGAUAGUUUGAUUUCUUCCCUCCCAAUUUGUAUCCUUUAAUUUCUUUUUCUUCCCUAAUGGCUCUGGCUAAAACUUCCAGAACUGUUUUGAAUAGCAGUGGUGAGAGUGGGCAUCCCUGUCUGGUACCAGACUUUUCCCCAUUCAAUAGGAUGCUGGACAUGGGUUUUUCAUAAAUUGCUUUGAUUGUAUUGAGGAAUGUUUCUUCUAUACCCAGUUUGCUUAGAGUUUUCAUUAUGAAAGGGUGUGUAUUUUCUUGAAUGCUUUCUCAGCGUCUAUUGAGAUAAUCAUAUGUUUUUUCUUUUUUCUUUUCUUUUCUUUUUUUUUUUUUUUUUUUUUUUUUUGACGGGAAGAGUGGACUGUGAGAGAGAGAGACAGAAAGGUCUACCUUUGCCGUUGGUUCACCCUCCAAUGGCCGCUGCGGCCGGCGUGCUGCAGCUGGCACACCGCACUGAUCCGAUGGCAGGAGCCAGCUGCUUAUCCUGGUCGCCCAUGGGGUGCAGGGCCCAAGUACUUGGGCCAUCCUCCACUGCACUCCCUGGCCACAGCAGAGAGCUGGCCUGGAAGAGGGGCGACUGGGACAGAAUCCGGCGCCCCGACCGGGACUAGAACCCGGUGUGCCGGCGCCGCUAGGUGGAGGAUUAGCCUAUUGAGCCACGGCGCCGGCCCAUAUGGUUUUUCUUCUGCAGUCUGUUAAUGUGGUAUAUCACAUUGAUUGAUUUGCGAACACUGACCCAUCCCUGCAUACCAGGGGUAAAUCCUACUUGGUCUGGGUGGAUGAUCUUUCUGAUGUGUUGUUGCAUUCUGUUAGCCAGAAUUUUAUUGAGGAUUUUUGGGUCUAUGUUCAUUAGGGAUAUUGGUCUGUAAUUGUCUUUCAGAUCUGCAUCUUUUUCAGGCUUAGGAUUAAGGUGAUGCUAGCUUCAUAGAAAAAAUUUGGGAGGAUUCCCUCUUAUUCGAUUGUUCUGAAUAGUUUGAGAAGAAUUGGAGUCAGUUCUUCUUUAAAUGUCUGGUAGAAUUCAGCAGUGAAUCCAUCCGGUCCUGGUCUUUUCUUUGUUGGGAGGGUCUUUAUUACUUAUUCAAUUUCUAUCUCAGUUAUGGGUAUGUUUAAGUUUUCUAUGUCUUCAUAGAUCAAUUUAAGUACGUUGCAUGUGUCCAGGAAUUAUCCAUUUCUGAGAUUUCCCUGUUUGCUGGCAUACAGGUCCUUGUAGUAAUUUCUGAUGAUUCUUUUUAUUUCUGUGGUGUCUAUUGUUACAUUUCCUUUUUCAUCUCUGAUUUUAUUGAUAUGGGUCUUUUCUCUUCUUUUUUUAGUUAGUUGGGCCAAUGGUGUGUCAAUUUUGUUUAUUUUUUCAAAAAACCAGCUCUUCCCUUGGUUGAUCUUUUGUAAUGUUUUUUUUUUUUUUUUGAUUCAGUUCUGUUGAAUUCUUCUCUGAUUUUAAUUAUUUCUCUUUUCCUUCUAGGUUUGAGUCUGGUUUGCUGCAGUUUUGCUAGAUCCUUGAGAUGCAUUGAAAGCUCAUUUAUUUGGUGACUUUCCAAUUUCUUGAUGUAGGCACUUAUUGCCAUAAACUUUCCUCUUAACACUGCUUUUGCUAUAUCCCAUAAGUUUUGAUAUGAUGUGUUGUUAUCCUCAUUUACUUCCAGAAAGUUUUUGAUUUCUCUUUUGACUUCUUCUGUGACCCACUGUUGUUCAGUUUUCAUGUGUUUGCAUAUGCUCUAGGGAUUCCUGAGUUGCUAAUUUACAGCUUCAUUCCACUGUGGUCUGAGAAGCUGCAUGGUAUGAUUCUAAUUCUUUUGAAUUUGCUGAGACUUGCUUUAUGGCCUAGUAUGUGGUCAAUCCUAGAGAAGGUUCCAUAUACUGCUGAGAAGAAUGUAAAUUCUUUAAGUGUAGGAUUAAAAGUUUUGUAGAUAUCUAUUAGAUCUAUCUGGGCUAUAGUGUUGAUUAAAUCUGCUAUUUCCUGGUUGAUCUUCUAUGAGGUUGAUUUGUCUAUUUCUGAGAGUGGAGUAUUGAAGUCUCCCAGUACUACUGUAUUGGAGUCUAAGUUUCCCUUUAAGUCCCUUAACAUAUCUUUUAAAUAAACAGGUGCCUUGUAAUUAGGAGCAUAUACAUUUAUAAUAGUUACAUCUUCCUAUUGAAUUGAACCCUUAAUCAUUAUAUAGUGCCCCUCUUUGUCUCUCUUAACAGUUUUUGUGUUAAAGUUUAUUUUGUCUGAUAUUAAGAUGGCUAUGCUAGCUCUUUUUGGUUCCCGCUGGCAUGGAAUAUCUUUUUCCAACGUUUCACUUUCAGUCUGUAUGCAUCUUUGUUGGACAGAUGUGUUUCUUGUAAGCAGCAAAUAGAUGGGUUUUGUUCCUUUACCCAAUCAGCUAGUCUGUGUCUUUUAACUGGAGAGUUGAGGCCAUUAACAUUCAAUGUGACUAUUGAUAAGUAAUAACUUUGCCCUGCCAUUUUCCCAAAGAUAUUUUUAAUAUAUGCUUUGAACGUCCUGUGAUCUUUUACUGGGAGGUAUUCUUCUUUUACCUUCUUUUAUAUUGAUGGCUGUGUUUCUGUGUAUAACACAUCUUUAAGCAUCUUUUGCAGGGCUGGAUGAGUAGUGAAAAAUUCUUUCAAUUUCUGUUUGCUAUGAAAGGUCUUUUUUUCACCUCCAUUCACAAAUGAGAGCUUUGCAGGAUAUAAUAUUCUGGGCUUGCAGUUUUUUUCUCUUACUACCUGGGCUAUGUCUUGCCAUUCCCUCCUAGCCUGUAGGGUUUCUGAUGAGAAGUCUGCUGUGAGUCUAAUUGGAGAUCCUCUGAGAGUAAUCUGACGUUUCUCUCUUGCACAUUUUAGAAUCUUUUCUUUAUGUUUUACUGUGGUGAGUUUCAUUACAACGUGUCGUGGUGAGAAUCUCUUUUGGUCAUGGUUAUUAGGGGUUCUAUGAACUUCCUGUACUAGGAUGUCUCUGUCCUUCUCCAAACCUGGGAAAUUUUCUGCUAGUAUCUCAUUAAAAAGGCCUUCUAAUCCUUUCUCCCUCUCCAUGCCUUCAGGAACUCCUAGAACCCGAAUAUUGGGUUUUUUAAUAGUAUCCUGUAGAUUCCCAACAAUAUUUUUUAGCUUUCUAAUUUCCUCUUCUUUUCUUUAGUUUGACUGUAUACUUUCCUGUUCUCUGUCUUCUAAGUCCGAUAUUCUCUCUUCUGCUUCACUGAUUCUGUUUUUAAGGCUCUCUAAUGCGUUUUUCAUUUGAUCUAUUGAAUUCUUCAUUUCAUUUUGAUUUCUCGUCACUAUCACAGUUCCAUGUUCUACUAGUUUUUUCAUUUCAUUUUGAUUCCUCCUUAAUAUUUCAUUUUCGUGAGAGAGAUUUUCAAUCCUGUCCAGUAAGGAUUUCUGUAGUUCAAGAAUUUGUUUUUGAGAACUUCUAAAUGUUCUUAUCAUAAAUUUUUUGAAAUCUGUAUCUUAUAUUUCUUCUAUCUUAUCAUCUUCAUAAUCUUGAAUUGGAGUGUCAUAUUCGUUUGGGGGCAUCAUAAUGUCUUCCUUGUUCUUGUUUCCUCGGUUUCUGCGUUUGUUGCUUGGCAUUGUGGAGAUAUUCUUUGGUUUCUUCUUUUUUUCCCUCACUGUGGUGGCUUUUCUUGGUAUACUAUGUCCCUAGAUUAAGUGGACUGUCUGCUUUUGGUGGAUCCUUAGAGGCUUGUGAUGGGUGUGGCCAGAGAGCUCUGUUCAGUUCUUCAGGUUUAAGGCUGUGCCAAAGGUGACACACCCAGGUUUGGGGUGGUAAAUCUUCUCUCUCUCUCUCUCUCUCUCUCUCUCUUUUGUAUUCAGAAGAGAAGUAAUUCUGCACAGCUGAGCUAUUCUCCUUGAAGGCAGUCAGUGUCUGAGCACUGGCCCCUGUAGGUAUAAUAUUCAUCUGCUCUGUCCCAAGGACCACACAAAGGAUCUGUGCAGUCCUCAGUGUAAGCUCAGAUUCCCCUGAAAUCUCCCAUCGGGUUGCCAAGGUUACCAAGUUUGUGGCGUCUCCCACCGAGUACUCACGUCUCAAGAUAUCCAUGAGUUCUCUAACACACCCUCAGUUUUUUUUUUCACAGUCUCAGUUCAUAAGUUCCACACAUUCACUAGGUCUUAACCUCCUGUUAUUUCUCCCCACCAGAUUCAGGUUUUUCUGCUUGGCUGAGGGUGGGUGCUGCCCUGAGGUGGUGCAGCUUUUAUGUAUGUCCAAAAUGGCACCUGCUCUUUUUCAUGCUCGCCUGGAGAGAAUCGUGUCUGUACUGGUCCCUUUUAUUUAUUUAUUUUUCUCUCCUCUAGUUAGCCUGGUGAGCUUCAAGCCUCGUUCCCUCUAGGCUCUUCCUGACACUUUCCCACCAGUGUCUCAGGCUACUGAUGUUUCACUUCAUCUCCCUUUCCAGCACUGAUGCGUAGACUCAGUGGCUAGGGUCCCAAGUUGUGGGCACCCGUGCCCUCCACGUAGGUCCACCAUGUCCCACUAGUUCCUGAAGAGUUUCCUCUGCAGUUUUUUCCCCUAACUCUUCCCUGAAACUACAGUAUCUCCACUUUUAUUAAACUUUCUUUUCCCGGAUUAUCAGUGCGUGCCCUCCCUAUUCUGCCAUCUUGGAGGACUCCCUUUAUUUUCUUUUUUUAAGAUUUAUUUAUUUGAAGACAGAGUGACAGAGAUUGAGGCAUACACAUACACAUACACAUACACAUACACAUACACAUACACAGAGGGAGAGGGGAA